AUGUCUUUCAACCUCGAUUCCAACACCUUCCCGGAAUUCCAACCCUCCCAUUCUCUCUUCAAGCGCUGUGUAUCAUGCUCCAAUACUUCCCCUACCUGCCCGACUUGCGAGUCUGGCUACACAUGUAGCAUGUCCAGUCAGUCAUGCGACUCCUGUGCCACCACCAAAUGUGUGAUAUCUGCUGGUAGCACGGAACCCGCACCGUCUGGUGGCUCCGAUACGGGCGCCAUCGCAGGGGGUGUCAUUGGUGGUAUCGCUGGGCUGGCCCUGAUUCUCUUCCUGAUCUAUUGGUUCGCCAUUCGAAAGAAGCGCCAAGAACGCGCCGAACAACAAGAGAAGAGCAGUCAAUUCGCCUCUGCCCGCUCCGAGCGCCAAUCCACCCAGUCCAUCGCUUCUACCGUUCUCACUCGUGCUUCCAACGUCAUUCAAAUCGCCUACAUUCCUGGUGUCACCAACCGCUCACCGCCAGAGACCCCGGCUACCCUGGUUCCCCCUGUGCCCCCACUCCCCGGUGCCCACCCCGACCAGCACUUCUUUAUGCCCGGCGACUUGCGAGACUCCACCUGGACCACCAUGACAGGUCAUCAGAGCAUGGCAAACACCCUUCGAAGCAGUGUUGCGACCACUAUCUACCGGAACGACGCCAUUGUCAGCGCCGUCCCCGCACAACAGAUCCACCGAUCGCGCGCCAACAUCAUCAGUGUUCACUCUGGUCCUGAAUCCGGUACUUCAAGCCCUGAGGGUCAGAUGACCCCAGUGGUUAUCACCCCGCCCGAUGCCCCCGCUGUGCCCGCCAUCACCUCCGCCCAGUUGGCCAAGGCUGGAGCCAUUCAAGUCGGCACCUCUCCCGCCUCCAACUCUUCUUCUUCCAUUGUUGGCCGUGCCGUCAUGGCCAAGCCAGUCAUGGUCCGUGGUCCCUCAUUGAAGAAAAAGGACGGAGUAAAUGUUGUUAGCGCCAAGGAAGUCACAACGGUCUCGAAAUCACCAAUCCCAUCCGACACCACCCUCAGCAGUCAACAAUAUGAUCAUCAAACCUCUACCUUUGACGGUAACUCCUCAGACGAGGACGACGAUACGCUACCCUCCAGUCUCUCUCCCUCCACCAACACAGCCGCCAAGAAAAUCCCCUCCAUCUCCAUCGUUGAGGUCGACGAAUCUCCUCUCGAGACUUCUCAGACUAGUCCUUUCCACGACCAAGACAGCUCGAGUGCAUCAGCCUCGACUGCCUCGGCGAAGCGCAGCUCCAGGCACUCAACCCGGACGCCACCUGCACGCGUGGACAGUCCAUUCUCCGAUGCGAAUGAAGUGAAAUGA